AUGAGUGACGUAUCCAAGUGGGAGAAACAACUGCAGCGACUGUUGGUGGAUGGUAGUGAAACCUCUAAAAUUGUUGCGGCUGUUGAAAAAAUUCUCUCCGCAUCCCCUAAACACGUAUUUGCCUUGCGAUGUAAAGUGGUAUACUUACUUCAUCAAGAUAAACACGCCGCGGCUCUCACGGCCCUUCAACAAUGGGCACUGGCAGAUCCCUCUAUACGGGAUAAAUCACAGGAGUAUGCGUUUCAGAAGGCCUACUGUUUAUAUAGAAGUAUGGAAUACCGCCAAGCACACGCCGUUCUUAAACGUGCCCCACAUACAUCAGAAGAUGUGGCUUCUCAACAUUUAUUGGCACAACUUCAUUACAAUCUUGAAGAAUUUGAAGAAGCCGCACGUAUUUAUGAAACGCUUUUAGCGAAAAAUGCAUUUCGUGAUGAUCAUGAAAAAACAGAAUUGCAGACAAAUUAUGCAGCGGCUUGUGCGGCCAUUGAUGCUCAAAAAACUCAAGCCAUUGUACAUGCUGCAGAUGAGAAAACAGCCGAUUUAUUAUAUAAUGCCGCCACCGCACAACUGGAAAUGCAUGAUUACACCGCAGCUAUGCAAACCCUUCAACAAGCAGAAACAUUGUGUGCGAGGGCACAUCCUAAAAGUCGUCUACGCUCUUUUCAAGAUGUUUGUGCAAAGAGUGAUGUGGAAUUACAAGCAUUAUUGGAUGUGAAAAAUUCACCAGAACGUUCCUUCUUUAAUGAUGUUGCGGCUAUUUGGGUACAAAUGGCAUAUGUAAACUACGAAACCCGUCAUGAAGAUAAAGCAAGUGCUCUUCUUAAUGUGGUUUUACGUUAUCGACCAUCUUCUACGGUAACACUUGCAGUGGCUUCUAUUAAUUGGGCUGCUAUUCAGAAACAUAUUGAUUUCUUUGAUACCCACAGAAAACUUAAGAUGGCCCAAAAUCCAGCUGUAAGCAGUCGUUUAACAUCUAGACAACGUUUACUUGUACGUUAUAAUACUGCCAUGUUACUUUUGCAUACAAGUAAUUUAAAUGGAUUUCGACGUCAAGUGGAACAUAUUGCGGAUGAAUACCCUAAUUCUGAUCUCACACAUUCUCUUAAAUUGGCAUUAGCCGUUCUGGAAAGUAAGAAAAAGCGACAAUCAAAUGAUAAAACGGUUGCUGAAUACCUGAAAAAUUAUCAGCAAAGUGUGAAGGAGCAACAAAAACAAGAACAAAAUCAAAGAAAUCCAGUAGUUGGAAAAAUGAUUACGCUUAUUGCUGCACAAAUAUUUUUUGAAAAUGGAGAUCUUGAGCAUGCUAUUGAAUCUCUAUCUUCUGCACCAGAAGAAAUUAGGCAAAAGCCUUGUACUUUGGUAACUUUGUUUACAUGGAAGGUUCAAAUUGGUGAUGUAAAGGGGGCAAAACAACUUCUUAUUGAUUUUAUUGGUUCUACAUCAAAGAAACCUACGGUUGUUAGAGAAAUUCUCACAUGGGUUGUGCAAUCCUUGGCAUCACGGGGUCUCUAUGCAGAUGCCGUAGAUGUUAUCCGUGCUGUUCAUACCGCCGUACCUGUACUUGAGCAAGAUAAAGAGAUACUAGCUCUGAUGGCUCUCUGUCUCUCCCACUAUGAUAUGCCAUCUGCCCGUGCAUGUAUGGAAAAAAUUCCUGAAGCUAUCUUUACUGGCACUAGUAGUAGUGGUAGUGGUAGUUCUUCUGCUAAAAAGUUAUCCUCCUCCUCUCUUGCCGAGCUGGAGUCUCAACAACCAUCACGACAGCAAAUUGAGGCACUUGGUUAUCAUCGCAUCUCUGGAGGUGAGGAUCAGGCCGAUGGCGGUAAAGUCAAACGGACCCGUCGACGCCCUAUGCGGCACCCACCGAAGAAUCUUGAGGCCCGCGUGGAUCCAGAGCGCUGGCUGCCCAUGUCCCGCCGUUCAUAUAUUAAAGAUCUUCCAGAGCGUAGAAAGCGGGAACUCAAGCGGUUACGUGCGAGUGAACAGGAGCAAAAACGUCAUGAAGCGGAAAAACGAAAAGCGGCAGCCACAACUGUAGCCACUGCAGCACAUUAA